CAGUACGCCAGAGCAAGAUGGCCGACACGGCGGCCACUGCCGGGGCCGGUGGCUCCGGAACGAGAUCAGGAAGUAAACAAUCCACUAACCCUGCUGAUAACUACCAUCUGGCCCGGAGGCGAACCCUUCAAGUGGUCGUGAGCUCCUUGUUGACAGAGGCAGGGUUCGAGAGUGCUGAAAAAGCAUCCGUGGAAACAUUGACAGAGAUGCUGCAGAGCUACAUUUCAGAAAUUGGGAGGAGUGCCAAGUCCUACUGUGAGCACACAGCCAGGACACAGCCCACACUGUCAGAUAUCGUGGUCACACUUGUCGAGAUGGGUUUCAAUGUGGACACUCUCCCUGCUUAUGCAAAGCGGUCUCAGAGGAUGGUCAUCACUGCCCCUCCAGUGACCAACCAGCCGGUGACCCCCAAGGCCCUCACUGCUGGCCAGAACCGACCCCACCCGCCACACAUCCCCAGCCACUUCCCUGAGUUCCCUGACCCCCACACCUAUAUCAAAACUCCGACAUACCGCGAGCCUGUGUCAGACUACCAGGUCCUGCGAGAGAAGGCUGCAUCCCAGAGACGAGAUGUGGAGCGUGCGCUCACCCGCUUUAUGGCGAAAACAGGCGAGACCCAGAGUCUUUUCAAAGACGACGUCAGCACGUUUCCAUUGAUCGCUGCCAGGCCUUUCACCAUCCCCUACCUGACAGCACUUCUCCCGUCGGAGCUGGAGAUGCAACAGAUGGAAGAGACGGAUUCCUCGGAGCAGGAUGAGCAGACAGACACAGAGAACCUCCCUCUUCAUAUCAGCACGGAUGAUUCUGGAGCCGAGAAGGAGAACACCUCUGUCCUGCAGCAGAACCCCUCCUUAUCAGGAAGCCGGAACGGGGAAGAGACCGUCAUUGAUAACCCCUAUCUGCGACCUGUGAAGAAACCCAAGAUUCGCAGGAAGAAGUCCCUCUCGUGAGCCGAGAAAGAAGCCUGCCUUGUACAGAGACGCAGACACCACUCUCCUGGGGGCAGUUAAAGCCACUGGAGGGAAGCAGAGAGGGUGGCCUCCUCAUGGUCAAGCUAAGGCAGCAGGGUGCGACUGAGCAUGAUUUUGAUAGCAAACUCCAUAUGAAGAUUACCUGUUUUCACUGGAUAUUUGGGUGGAGGAAGGCAUGAUGGUAACGAUCAGACUUUGUUAAUCAACCUGGUGAAACUGUGGGGCACAGGAGCAGCCAGUACUUCCGUUGUGUCAGGACUUUAUUUCCUUGAACCCUAGAAGACAGGUCUGCACAGAUGAUGUUAAACACAGAGAAGAGUGACACUUAAGGGCAGCACUGACUCUGUCAUCAGCACUUGUAGGGUAGCGUGCUCUCCUGAGGGAUUUAUCCCUGACUGUCCUGUCCCUCUGUGGGAUGUAUGCUUGGGAACUGCCAACUAAGUCCUGCCUCAUCCCAGGAAAAGAAGUUUUCUUGGACAAGAGCCUAAAUCAGUGGAUAUUUGAUACUGUGACUUGUAGAGGAAUCACCAAUUUUAAACAACAGGAAGAAGAUUUGAUGGUGGGGAGUGGGGGUGGAAAAUGAGAUUUUGAGGGAUGGGCCUGGCCAUUCUGCCAAAAGUCCAUUGCGGACAGAAGGCCAUGGUCCUACCUUAUGGUGCAAGUGGGCUGGGAAGAGCCUGCAGGCCAAGCCAGGGUGUUCUUCUGGAAGCAGGUCUGAAUCUGUUCCACCUCUUUUCCUCUCUGGGGAGAGAAGACUUCAUCCUGAUGUACCCUACAAAACAAAAACAAAAACAACAACAAAAAAAACCCAAAUGUUAAGGAAGAUGUUGGGUAAGUUGAUCCCCUUUGGCUGGUCUCCAAAGGAAGAGAUUUAAAAACCCAAGUCCAAAGAAGAAAAAUGCCUGUGAUUCCUGGAAGUUCACACAGGAUAAACAAGUUGUUCCCUGGGUUAGUGUCCUCAGGGCCAUACUGAACUUUCCUGAUGCUCUGCUUCCAGAGUCCUCUUCUCAUCUUCCAUGCUGUUGGUGACUGAAAACUUGAAAAACUUGACAGCGGGUUCCAUGUUCCUCUGGCCUCACAGUUGCUCUAGGGCCCUCAAUCCCAUUGCCUGAAGGCAAAGAGCCACUCCUCAGUCCCUGAGGCAUGCCCGGGAGAUGUUUGAGUUCUCCAGCUACGGAGCGUUUUUUCAGGUUUGUAGUGGCCUGAAACCCUCCUACUGGACUGGAGUCAGAGUGGGCCUUUGCUGAGUUUGUGAUCCGGCUCCUGGCAGUUCUUGGCCAGCUGAGUUUACAGGCCCAGGUUUGAACCCUGGCAGAUCCAGGGCUGAGACCUUUCCAGUUUGCUCUUCUCUGCUCUCGGAGCAGCCACCCCAGUCAGCACAUCUGCUGUUCCUCUUUCACCACUACUGUCCAAAAGCAGCACCUGCCCAAUGCCACGAUGCUGAGGGGAGAGGUGGGUUUGGGACAGAGCUGCCACUUGGGCUGUUGAGUAAUUCUGGAUGAGAGCCCCAGGGAGAUGAUUAGAAAGGUUGAAAGGCUGACCUGACUAUUGUUGUGUAAAAACUGUGCAUAAUUUUCAACGUAUAUUUAUAAAUUUAUAUUUUUUAUAACUUUGGGAGACUUCUCAGAGGGAAAAAGUAGUAAACAGAGCCAGAUUUAAGAAUGCGAUUUAUGAGCUCUCAAUAAAAGAUCAUAAUAAAAACUUUGCAAAUGAAA